AUGCGAGGAGAUUUUGACCGGACUAGUUCGGUCUUUAAACUUUACAAACAAUGCGAUUCGAUUGCCCGUCUGACACAGCAGACCCAACCGCCGUGUCAGUGGACACCUUGCGAAAACAAAUUCUACCAUUUAGCUUUAUGGCUCGAAUUUGGUCAUUCAAUGUCGCACCGCCAGAGUCUACCAGCUCUAUGCAGAGAUGAGCCGGAAUUGCAGGUGCUUCAUAUAAACCAACUGGUAUUCGUAAAUAGACAAAUAGAGCAUCUGCAGCCUGUGUUAAUCAGGCAGCCGCCCGACCAGAGGCCGAGGAAAAAGGGGAUGCCUCACCAGGGUCUCUUUGAUGGGAGAUAUAACGUGAAGGGCCAUGCUAUAUCAUAUCCAUAUAUUGUGGUGACUCCGCUCAGAUCAAUAGCGCAGAGGCCCCUUCGGGGUGGGAUCACGAUAAACCCUCACCAGUCCCUCUGUCAAUUAUCCAAUACAUAUAAUAGCGCCGUAUUUAAGGAAACAGACACCCUUGAGUGGACAAGAUACUAUAUCUAA